AUGAGGGGAGGGAUCCUGCGCGCUUGGCGGGGCGGCUGGAGCUGGGCCCGGUCUCGGUCCCACGCGACGGCCGCCGGGAAGGCUCCGAGGCGGGAGAAGCCCCCCUGGCGGGUCCUGUUCUUUGGCACCGACGGCUUCUCUGCCGAGACCCUCCGAGCGCUUCAGGCGGCCCGAGAGCCCAGACCAGGUCUGCUUGUAGACCACCUGGAGGUGGUGACUCUGCAGUCCCAGCUGCCGAAGGGACUCCCUGUCAAGAACUGUGCAGAGCAGCUUCACCUGCCUAUCCACCUCUGGCCAGAUGUAGGUCCAUGUGAGCACUUUGAUGUUGGUGUGGUGGCAUCGUUUGGGCGUCUCCUCAGUGAGGACCUCAUCUUGAAGUUCCCAUAUGGUGUGCUGAAUGUCCAUCCCAGCUAUCUUCCGAGGUGGCGUGGCCCUGCACCGAUAAUCCACACAGUGCUUCACGGAGAUACAGUUACUGGUGUGACAAUUAUGCAGAUUAGGCCCAAGAGAUUUGAUGUAGGUCCAAUUAUUAAACAGGAAACGUUUGCUGUCCCUGGCCAUUGCUCAGCGAAAGAAUUGGAGUCACUGUUAUCCAAACUGGGUGCAAAUAUGCUCAUUGAUGUUCUGCAAAAUUUGCCUGAAAGCUUAAAGAACAAGAGAGAGCAACAAAAGGAAGGAAUAACGUUUGCUCCAAAAGUCACCGUUGCAAUGAGCUGCAUCAAUUGGGAAGAGCAGCACCCAGAGCAGAUACUGAGGAUGCACCGUGCCUUGGGAUCAAUGAUGCCCCUGCAAACAUUGUGGAUGGAUACGACUGUGAAACUAUUAGAUUUUGUGGAAGUGGAGACAUUACCUGACCUUACUGAUAGGUUAGUGGCUGAAAGUUGGACCAUCCCAGGAUCGGUGUUCUAUCAUAAGCAGCGGCAGACACUCGUGAUCCGUUGCAAGGAAGGCUGCAUUGGAGUCAAAGCCGUUCUGCUUAAGAAGAAGCUGACAGCUGCUGACUUCUACAAUGGAUACUUGCAUCCUUGGUUUCAGCAAAAUUCCAAAAUGCCACCUGGGAUGUGCAGGUUUCAAACGCUCAAGCUGGCCACAGCAAAGAAGACUCCUAGAGGAACAGUGUUGCAGGCGCACAAUGCACAGUAGCAAGGAGGCCCAGCUGGACAUCCAAAACAACCAGGUGCUUAUAUAAGCUUGGCUGGGUUGGAAACAUCUCAGCAUUGUAUCAAAUGCAGUCUUGAUAUCACCCUACACAGACAUCAUUCGGAAGGAGUGGAAAUAUGGCCAAGAGGGUAUAGUUUGGUCACUGCUCCUGUAUGAGUCUCCCAAAGGACUUCAGGCUACCUGGUAACCCUGAACGGCGUGCUCAUCUUCAGUACUCGGAACUGUUGAAACAAGUUUUCAACCCUGCGAAAGGGAUUUCCUGGCAACCUUAUCCUGAUGGCAUGCUGUUCUGGACACAGUAUGCAUUUUUGUUUUUAAAGUCAGAGUUUGUGGAGUUAACCCAGACAACAGUGGCACUCUUACUGUAUUAUUGAACAAUAAAUUAUUUUUGUACAUA